UUUGGGCACACACGGUUUUUUCUUUACGACAGCAGUUUUACGACAGUUCUUGACAGGCGCGGAUUUUGUAUACAUAGCUAUGUCAACACAACAGGAAUACUCAGCUAGCUAGCAAGGUUAUAUGUAAGUAUUUUAAUUAAACUUACCAGUAAUAACCAUUUGCUUGCUACAGUAUGAAACGAAUUGUUUUGGCCAAGUCAACUAUUAAAAAUUUUUUUUGUUUGUAGUGGGUACAAAAAGUUUGAUAGUUAGCAUGACUAUCUAGCAGCAGCAGACCGUUAGGCAUGGGUUGGUUUUUAUUAAAUAGGCAGAUUGCUAGCUAGAUCCAGCUAAAAAGGCAUCCAGUCAGCUAUGUUAGUUGUCCAUCUCGGGAUAUCACUGUUCAAAUCGGGACUACAACGGCUGAAGAUCCAGAGGAGGUUUUGUGGACAGACAGGACGGGGAACACAGACGGACAUGCACCGCAGAACUCAGAUAAAGCGAGUUCUCUGCGUGGCUGAGAAGAAUGAUGCGGCAAAAUGCAUCGCAGAGAUCAUGUCCAACGGCAGAUCAAGGAGGAAAGAGGGGAUGUCCGUCUACAAUAAAGUCUAUGAAUAUGAAUUUAACCUUUUUGGACAGGACGUGACGGUGGUCAUGACCUCAGUGUCAGGACAUCUGCUGGGUCUGGAGUUCAAAACCCAGUUUCAGAAAUGGCACAGCUGUAAUCCUGUGUUACUGUUCGAUGCUGAGGUUGAGAAGUACUGCCCCGAAAACUCAGUUAACAUCAAGCGGACCCUGGAGAGGGAGGUGAGGCAGUGCCAGGCUCUGGUCAUAUGGACCGACUGCGACAGGGAAGGAGAGAACAUCGGCUUCGAGGUCAUAGAUGUCUGCAAAGCAGUCAAGCCAAAUAUCCAGGUGUUCCGUGCGCGGUUCUCUGAGAUCACACCCAACUCCAUCCGGCGUGCUUGUGAGACUCUGACGGAACCCAACGUGAAUGUGAGCGACGCUGUAGACGUACGCCAGGAGCUGGACCUGAGGAUAGGUGCAUCAUUCACUCGCUUCCAGACACUCCGCCUCCAGAAGAUCUUCCCAGCCUCUCUAGCCAAUCAGCUGAUCUCGUAUGGCAGCUGUCAGUUCCCCACGCUGGGUUUUGUGGUGGAGCGCUUCAAAGCCAUCCAGGCCUUCAUACCCGAGACCUUCUUCAAGAUUAAAGUGCUCCAUGAGAGAGACGAGGAGGCUGUAGAGUUCAGCUGGAAAAGAAACCGCCUCUUCAGUCACACAGCCUGUUUGGUGCUGUACCAGAUCUGCAUGGAGAAUCCAAUGGCAACAGUUACCUCGGUAGCAAGUAAACCCAAAAGCAAAUGGAGGCCACUACCACUUGACACAGUUGAGCUAGAAAAACUGGCUUCAAGGAAGUUGAAAAUAAGUGCCAAAGAGACCAUGAAGAUCGCAGAAAAGCUCUAUACUCAAGGGUUGAUCAGCUACCCACGCACAGAGACCAACAUGUUUCCCCAGGGCCUGGACCUGGGCCCCCUGGUGGAGCAGCAGACUGCCAGCCCAGCCUGGGGGCCCUUCGCCCAGAGGGUCCUGGACCAGGGCGGGCCCAACCCCCGCCAGGGCAACAAGACUGACCAGGCCCAUCCCCCCAUCCACCCCACCAAGUUCACUAACACACUGCAGGGAAACGAGGGGCGUUUGUAUGAGUUCAUUGUGCGCCACUUCCUGGCGUGCGUGUCCCAGGAUGCCGUGGGGCAGGAGACGGUGGUGGACAUUGACAUCGCCCAGGAGAAGUUCAGUGCUUCUGGACUCAUGAUCAUCGCCAGGAAUUACCUGGAGGUCUACCCCUAUGACAGGUGGAGCGCCAAGGUGAUCCCAGUGUACGAGCAGGGCUCCCAGUUUCAGCCCUCUGCAGUAGAGAUGGUAGAUGGACAGACCAGCCCUCCUCAGCUCCUCACUGAGGCUGACCUCAUCUCACUCAUGGAGAAACACGGCAUCGGUACGGAUGCGACCCAUGCCGACCACAUAGAGACCAUUAAGAGUCGCUCGUAUGUGGGCCUGACAGCUGACCAGAGGUUCCUCCCGGGGGAGCUGGGCAUGGGGCUGGUGGAAGGGUAUAACUCCAUGGGAUAUGAGAUGUCCAAACCAAACCUGCGCUCUGAGCUGGAGGCGGACUUGAAGCUGGUGUCAGAGGGUCGGAAGGACAAACACAGCGUGCUCCAGUACCACAUCCAGAAGUACAAGACUGUGUUCGUCGAGUCUGUCAGGAAGGCUAAGAAGCUGGACGAGGCUCUGUCUGCUUACCUGGGAGCAGCUCAGGAGUUCACCGAGGCAGAGCAGCAGGAUCUGGAGGUCCCCCUCCCAGUCAGGAAGUGUCCUCAGUGUGGGCGAGACAUGGUGCUGAAGAGGAGGAGGGAGGGCAACGGUAAGUAUCUGACCUGUGUGGGUUACCCAGCGUGCAAGUGCUCUGUGUGGUUCCCUGACAUGGUGCUGGAGGUCAGCAGAGAUGACAGUGUGUGUCCCACCUGCCAGCCACGACCAGUACACAUGUUAAAGUUCAAGUUCCGUCGGGGGAGUCUUCCUCCCAUGAUGCCUCUGGAGUUUGUGGGCUGCAUCGGAGGCUGUGAUGAGACACUGAGGGAGGUGCUGGACCUCAAAUACCUACGAGGAGGGGCAGGAGGAGGUGGUGGAGGAAGGAACGUAGCUCCAGGAAGAGGAGGUGGUGGAGGAGGAGGAGGAGAAGGAAGAGGAGUAGCUCCAGGAGGAGGAGGAAGAGGAGUAACAACCACCAGUCAACCCAGGGCUCGUCCUGUCCCUAGCAGAGCAGACCCACCCGGCCCCCCCCCCUUCUCCUCCUGGCCCCCCCAGGGUGGGGGCGACCCCAGCGGGGAUGUGGUCGUGUGUAACUGCGGGAAGGACGCCGUCCUCCUGACCACGAGGAAAGAUGGGCCCAACAAGGGCCGCCCGUUCUACAAGUGUGACUCUGGGAAUUGUAGUUUCUUCCUGUGGGCUGAUCAACCAAGCCAGCAGGGGGCGCCACCCAGCUGGCCAGCCCAGCCCCCACCCCGGACCUCUCAUCCCCCCAGGCCCGGCCCGGGGUUUGGGAACAUCCCUGGGGGAGGUGGGGGAGGAGGAAGGGUGGAAGGGGGGGAGAUGAUGUGUAACUGCAACGAGCCUUCAGUGACGCGUACGGUGCUGAAGGAGGGGCCUAACAAGGGGCGCAGCUUCCACGCCUGCAGGAGGCCCAGGGAACAGCAGUGCGGAUUCUUCCAAUGGGCCGAUGAGAACAUGCCCCAGCCAGGGUCUGGAGGGGGAGAACAACGAGGGAACGGGGCAGCGAGGGGCAGGAAGACCCCUGCCGCUCCGUCUAACAAGCCUCCAGCUGCUAAGAAACCCCGUAGCUGUGGCAUCUGCCACCAGCCCGGACACACACGCAGCACCUGCCCCCAGCGCUGAGCUCAGCCCCGCGCCAGCGCUGCUGCUGAUGCCAUGACAACCAGCGUUAGUUCAUAACGUCCGCUUACUUGACAAUCGACUCCGACCCCCCGACUGGUGAUCGU